GGCGGCUUUGCGGACGGCCGUUGGGCCCCCGAUGGCCGCCGCCGCAGCGGCGUGCCACCUGGAGCGCUGGACCUGGAGGCUCGAGUGCCUGGACGGGGCGGUCCCGUGCGAGCUCUGCCCCGACGCCCCGAGCGCCGCGGCGAGCGCCGACGGCUCGGGCGCCGCCGCGCGGCUGCGGGUGGGCCGCACGGCGCACACAGAGGGCAUGUGGUGCCGCCUCGUGCCGGACGGCGCCGCGCGGCAGUCCGUGUCCCGGGAGCACUUCGAGGUGGUGUGCGCCACCACGGCGGCCCGGCCCACUGCGAGCUCCGGAACCUCAGCCAGGGCGGCACCUUCCUCAACGGCGAGCUGA